AUGGAAGAUACUAUAAUUCAAGAAGCCAAAGAAACGUUGGAUAUACUUUAUGAAAUUUCUACAUUAUUAAAUACUGGAUUGGAUAGGGAAACAUUGUCUUUAUGUAUAAAUCUAUGUGAAAAUGGUGUAAAUCCUGAAUCAUUGGCUGUUGUAAUCAAAGAACUUAGAAGAGAAUUUAAUUCAAUAAAGAGUUCAAGUUCAUCAACAACAGCAGCAACAAAUCCUCAAUAA